AUGAACUCUGAUGGAUCAUGCAGAGGUAAUUCUAAUGGGGGAAGAGGUGUGGUUAGAGACUCUUUGAGUAAAUGCAUCAUGACCUUCAUUCUACCCCUUGGAGAAGAAACCAACAACACAGUUGAGAUUAAAGCAUUUCUCUUUGCAUUGAAGUGGUGCAUUGAAAAUGGUCAUAAUAUGAUAGUUACUGAAACUGAUUCACUCCUCCUAAAAAAUUGCAUUUCUGAGAAUUGGAGUAUGCCUUGGAAUAUCAGGGAAACUAUUAAAGACAUCAAACUUUUUAUCCAUGGUAACAAUGUUAUCAUUGAACAUUGUUUUAGAGAAGCCAAUAAAGCUACUGAUAAACUUGCUUCUCUAAGUCAUUGCACAGACACUGUCAAAGUCAUUAACAACACCAGCUCUUUACCAAGACAUGUUAAAGGACUCCUUAACAUGGAUAGAUGGCAAUUUCCUUCGUUUAGAGUUAGAAGAAGAAAGCUCGGGGUGAUUUAUUUUGAUCCUCCUUGA